AUGUUUGAUAAAUUCAAGCUCAAAUCAAAGGCAGGCAAUGUGCCAAAAGCGGAUCCUCCUUUUAGGAAGGGCCAAUCGCUUGAUAAGAAGCAAAUCUACAGAUCAAGGCAAAACUUUGGAGUAAACUUCGGUGGGUGUUUCGUAUUAGAGAAGUGGAUUUUCCAUGAUAUCUUUCCGGAGGGAACGGACUGUGAAUUGCAGGCCGUAAAGAAGUUGAUCAAAGAUAAGGGGGCAAAAGAAGCGCAGCAGAAGUUUGAAGAUCAUUGGAGCAACUUUAUCUCAGACAAUGAUUGGAAUUGGUUAAAAGAUCACAAAGUAACUAGCGUAAGAAUACCACUAGGGUAUUGGGAAGUAGAUGGAGGAAAGUAUACAAAAGGUACGAAAUUUGCUUCGUACGCUUCAGUCUAUAAAAAUGCUUGGAAUAUCUUGAAGAAGAAAUUUAUCGAACCAGCAGGACAAAGAAACAUUAGUGUACUCAUAGAUAUCCAUGGAUUACCAGGCGGAGCCAAUGGUGCAGAUCACAGCGGUGAGCAACCCGGAGGUGGUAAAGCUACAUUUUGGGACAACGAAGAGUAUCAACUUUUAAUGUGUGACUUAUUCGAAUUUGUAGCCAAGGACUUAUCAAACGUGGAGAAUAUUGCUGGAAUUCAAAUUGUCAAUGAAGCUGAAUUUGCUAACGAUCCAAAGAAACAAGCUAGAUACUACGGUGCUGUCAUUUCUCUGAUUCGUUCUCAUGACAAAGGCGUUCCAAUCAUAAUCUCCGAUGGUUGGUGGCCUGACCAAUGGGUCAAAUGGGUGCAAUCCACUCAAGGUAAUGGCACCAUAGGUGUGGUAGUUGAUGCACAUUGUUACAGAUGCUUUUCCGAUGACGAUAAAAAGAAAGCACCACCUCAAAUUAUUUCAGACUUAGAUAAGGAUUUAUUAACUAAUUUGACUCAGGAUGGUAAGGGCGUGGAUUUCAUGGUAGGUGAAUACUCCUGUGUCUUAGAUGGAGAUCUGUGGAAUAGAGAUGGUGCUAAUGAUAAAAGGGACGAUUUGGUUAUUCAGUACGGUAGAAAGGAGUUGGAUCUUUUCAACAAAAGAGCAAACUUUGGCUCCUAUUUUUGGACUUUCAAGUUCCAAUCAGGAAACGGUGGAGAAUGGGACUUCAAAACAAUGGUAGACAAGGGAGCCAUAAACCCUCCUAAGUCAUUGAGUGCAGGUGCUGGAAACCUCGAUGAGAAAUUGAAAGGUAAUUUAGAAGCUCAUUCAAAUUAUUGGAAUCAACAAAACUCCCAUGAAAAGUAUGAACAUUACCGUUAUGAAGAUGGUUUUAGAACGGCAUGGCAAGAUGCUUCGGAAUUUGCUAAGUUUGAUGGCUCGAAACUUGGAAGAAUAGAGGCUUGGAAAGCUGCAAGAGUUGCUGAACAUAUUCUGGCCAAGGGUGAUCUGAAACACAUCUGGGAGUGGUACCAGGGAUUUGAUAAAGGUUUGGAAGAAUUUAGCGCUGCAAGCUAG